CUCUUUUCCUAUUUGAUAAUUCCCUUCGAAACAGAGAAGAAGAAGAAAUGGAGUCUGUUUCCUUGAAGUUUGACACAUUAUUCACAGAUUUGAAAGAAAUUGUUAUGAAAGUGGAUGCGACAAUGGCUGGCUUAAUCGCCGUAGCCUUAGUAGCAGUUUUGAUCACCCGCUACAUUUACAGAUGGCAAAAUCCAAGAUGCAAUGGAGUUCUUCCUCCAGGUUCUAUGGGGCUUCCAUUGAUUGGUGAAACCCUUCAAUUAGUUCUCCCUAGUCCAUCAAUUGAUCUUCCUCCAUUCUUGAAGAAGAGACUUAAAAGGUAUGGUCCAAUUUUCCGUACCAAUGUUGCAGGGAGGCCGGUGAUCAUCACCGCAGACCCCGAAUUCAACCAUUUUCUACUUCGACAAGACGGAAAGCUAGUCGACACUUGGUCAAUGGAUACAUUUGCUGAAGUAUUCGAUCAAGCUAGCCAGUCCUCUAAAAAAUAUACCAGGAAUUUGACCUUGAAACACUUUGGUGUAGAGUCCCUAAAAGAAAAGUUACUUCCUCAGAUGGAAGAAAUGGCUAACCAAACUCUGAGAAAGUGGUCAAAUAAAGACUCAGUUGAAGUCAAAGGAGCCUCUAUUACAAUGACUGUCAAUUUUGCAGCACAACAAAUUUUCAGCGGCGACCUUGAAAAUGCACCACUGAAUAUCAGUGAAAUGUUUAAGGACUUAGUUGAAGGAAUGAUGUCCUUCCCUAUUAACUUCCCUGGUACUGCACAUCACAAAUGUUUGCAGAUUCACAAGAAGGUGAGAGAAUUGAUGAAGGAUGUCGUCGGAAAGAGGCUUGCAGCACCUGAAAGGAGCUAUGGAGACUUGCUUGACGGCAUCAUCCAGGACAUGAACACUGAGGCAUACAUUAAGGAAGAUUUCGUAGUUCAGUUGAUGUUCGGUCUGUUAUUCGUCACCUCGGAUUCCAUCUCGACAACAUUAGCAUUAGCAUUUAAGCUACUCGCAGAUCAUCCAGCUGUUCUCCAGGAAUUAAUAGUAAAUUCUCAUGAAGAAAUCCUGAAGAACAGAGAGAACGUGGAUACACCAUUAACAUGGAGUGAAUACAAAUCAAUGACAUUUACCAUGCAGGUUAUCAAUGAAGUUUUGAGAUUAGGGAACAUUGCGCCCGGAUUUUUCCGUCGUGCCCUGAAAGAUAUCCCUGUCAACGGAUAUACUAUUCCAAAAGGAUGGGUGAUUAUGAUUGCAACAGCAGCUCUGCAUUUGAACUCUAACCAAUUUGAAGAUCCUCUUGCAUUCAAUCCAUGGCGCUGGAAGGAGAUCCAGCCAAGUGUGGUAUCAAAAUGCUUUAUGCCAUUUGGAUCAGGGAUGAAGCAAUGUGCUGGAGCAGAGUACAGCAAGGCAUUGCUGGCCACUUUCUUACAUGUUAUGGUCACAAAAUAUAGAUGGACAAUGGUGAAGGGUGGAAAAAUCGUCAGAGCACCAAUUAUAAGGUUCCCUGAUGGAUUUCACUUCAACAUCUCAGAAAAGAACAACUAA